AUGUCAGCUUAUGCCCAUCAAAUGGAGAGGGAGUUCUCAGCUCGGAGCCUCUCCAGUAGAGGAGGUUCUGAGAUGGGAAGCCAUUAUGUGGUGGAGUCAGGAUUCCACAUGACAUCUAUUGCAGCAACAAUCUUCGUCGCUUCCCUCCUAACUGUUGGAGUUUUAUUGACCACCUUGGUGGUUUCUCUAGCAGUUAUGUUACAAUCCUGCCAGGAUAGGAGUAAAGGAGUUGUUGAGAUCCAAAAACUAAGUCAUGAUUACAAUUACUGCAAGAUGUUUGCUUUGCAUGCAGAACUCAACAGCUUGGGACCAGAUCACUUUCCUUCUAUGUGCAUGAGUCUUGCUGUUCAGCACAUCAAAGAAGGGGCAUACGAGAGAGAAUUAAAUGCUAGUCUACACAUGAUUGAGAGAUAUUUUGACACUCUUCUGCCGUUAGAUGACGGUCUAGAUGUUGUAUUGAUGGACAUUGAUGACAUAUUUCCUUCAAAUCCUCAUUACUCCUCUCUCUUGAUGCACAGAGUCCAUGAUAGCGGCUAUAUCGAUUGUUUUCAAGAGGAAAAGCAUCUGAAGCAAAUGCUUUGUCUCAGUUUAUACACAAAACUUCAAGCUAGUGGGUGGUCGUUGAUUUUGUUGUCAAGAAAGCCAGAGAAACAACGGAAUGCCACCAUACAGCACCUUGUUUCUGCAGGAUACAGAGGUUGGUCCUCAAUGAUAAUGAGGUCGGAUAAUGAAAUGGAGAUUGAUAGCCAUGAAUACUUCACAAAGAGAAGGGUGGAGGUGCGGAGAGCAGGCUUCCGUAUCGCUGGUGUAAUUAGCAGCCAGAUGGAUGCUUUAACAGACCCAUCUUUAGGACAGCGUGUUUUUAAGCUUCCAAAUCCGAUAUAUUUUAAUCUUGAGCAUCAAACUGGGAACUCAUGUGUGCUGGAAUAG